AUGGCAUCCUACCUCAACGCGAAAUAUCAUAUUGCCCAUGACCUUAGGCGUAAACGCGGUGCUCUCUCGCCGACACAAGAUGUCCUCGACUUCAUCACCGACCGUGCAACUCGCAAACGUGCUCUCACGUACCACGCUUUCGAAGACCAGGUCCGCAACCAGCCGAACCAUCCAUUCCUCAUCUUCGAAGGCAAAACCUGGUCAUACAAGGAGUUCUUUGAUGCAUUCACCAGGGUGGGGAAUUGGUUGAUAGAGGACCUGGGCAUACAAGCUGAUGAGGUGGUUGCUGUGGAUGGCGGGAACAGCCCGGAGUAUCUGAUGCUCUGGUUCGCUCUCGAUGGGAUUGGAGCUGUUCCGAGCUUCGUCAACUGGAACCUCACUGGGACAGGAUUGCUAUGCAACUGCAGAUUCCUCAUCGCAGACGCCGAUGUCAAGAGCAAUGUCGAGCCAUGCCGUACGGAUCUCGAGGAGACCGGCAUCAAGAUCCAGUACUACGAUCCCUCGUUCUUCGCGUCGCUACCGAACCCGACUAUUAUACCAUACUCGCGUCGCGAACACAUCACUAUAGAGUCCCUCCGCUCGCUACUGUACACUUCCGGAACGACCGGGCUGCCCAAAGGUGUGACUUUGAGCACUGGUCGCGAGCUCUUGACUGGCUACAGCGCCGCCAAAUACCUCGAACUGAAACCGGCAUCCAGAAUGUACACAUGUAUGCCACUUUAUCACGGGGCUGCGCAUGGCCUUUGCGUUACACCGAUGGUUCAUGCUGGCGGUACAGUCGUAUUGAGCCGGAGGUUUUCGCACAAGACCUUCUGGCCUGAAGUCGCAGCUUCAGAUGCGGAUAUCAUUCAGUAUGUCGGCGAGCUCUGCAGGUAUCUACUCAACGGCCCGACGAAUGCAUUCGAGCGGAAACACAAAGUAAAGAUGGCAUGGGGCAACGGCAUGCGCCCUGACGUCUGGGAACCCUUUCGUGAGCGUUUCAACAUACCCAUCAUCAACGAAUUAUACGCGGCUACCGAUGGAUUAGGGGCAACAUUCAAUCGCAACGCUGGUCCCUUCACGGCGGGCAGCAUAGGUCUCCGAGGGCUGAUCUGGAAUUGGCGGUUCGGCGACCAGGAAGUGAGGGUGAAGAUGGAUGUUGAUACGGAAGAGAUCAUGAGAGAUGCAAACGGCUUUGCAAUCAGAUGUGGAGUGAACGAGCCGGGCCAAGUGCUGCAUAGAUUAACGCCGGAGACGGUGGCUACUUCACCAGGCUACUACAAGAACGAAGGUGCCACAGAGAAUAGGAGAAUUAGGGAUGUGUUCGAGAAGGGUGAUAUAUGGUUCAAGUCUGGAGACAUGAUGCGACAAGAUGCCGACGGCCGCGUCUUCUUCGUCGACCGUCUAGGUGAUACAUUCCGUUGGAAGUCAGAGAACGUAUCGACAAACGAAGUAGCCGACAUGCUCGGAAAGUUCCCGCAGAUCGCUGAAACGAACGCAUACGGCGUCCUUGUGCCUGGAUACGACGGCCGAGCGGGGACUGCAUCUAUCGUUAUGGCAGAUGGAGUCACAGAGUCAACAUUCGACUUCGCAGCCCUGGCAAAGCACGCGAAAGCGGUCUUACCGAGUUAUGCAGUGCCGCUGUUUCUGAGAGUGACGCCUGCAUUAGAGUAUACGGGUACUUUAAAGAUUCAAAAGGGUAGGUUGAAGAAGGAGGGUGUUGAUCCGGAUAAGAUCACUGGAGAGGAUAGGCUAUACUGGCUACCGGAAGGUAGUGAUCGCUAUCUUCCAUUCACGAAGAAGGAUUGGGAGGCUGUAGUAGAGAAGAGGGUACGAUUGUCAUAG